AUGUCUGCCUCUGAGAGUCUAUGUUGUUGUGAGUAUGACAACAUUAAUGGUGAAAGAAGCCAUCUACUUGCAACAUUCUGUGAUUGUGAGGCUUUUGAUCAAACUUGUGAUAGGUUGUUAAAAUGUGAUUCAGUGCCAUCAGAAACAUUACAAAGGUUGUGGUUAACAGUCAGUGAUAGAUGUCGCAUUCCAUGGUGUUCAGGUCAGGGUGCAGUGCAACUGAAACUAGAUAUUGUAAUCCCAAUCAUCAUGAUACCAUCUUUAUUAUCAUUUGCUACUUUAGGUUUUAAAGUUACCAUUGCUGUCUUAUUAUUUAUGCCUAUAUUUAUACUGGUAUUUUAUACAAUAUGGCGCAGGCAAGGUCACAAAAGAACCCAAUUCUUUUUUAUUUGGGGUUUGACAUCCGUGCUUUUUACCUUUAUUGUGUUUUGUUCAUGUGUUGUUCCCUAUCGGGAGAUUCUUCUGUGGGAAAUACUGUUAUUAUUUUCUGCAACCCUGAUUAUGCUGUAUGCAUUAAUAAAGGCAAAGAGACAGCCUGGUUAUUUAUCAGUUGUGAAAUCCAGUCAAAAUAAAGAAUUGAAAUAUAGACAAGUGAAAAGAAAUGGACACCUUAAAAAUGGAAGUGAUUUUACAAAUGAUAAAGAUCUUCAUGAAAUACAAUCGUUUGACAUAGAUAUUGAAGACAAAAGGAGUAUAAAUGAAUGUAAUCAAUGCAAGCUCAAUCGACCACCACGAUCAGGACACUGUAAUAUAUGUGAUAUCUGUAUAGAAGUGAGAGAUCAUCAUUGUGUAUGGAUAGAUAACUGUGUAGGAGCCAACAAUCAUAGACCCUUUUUGGCUGCAAUGAUUUUGUUUAUUUUUUGUGGAUUUUAUGGAGCCCAUCUUACCUUGACAACAAUAUGUACACCUGAUAUGGUAUUUGAUUGGAUUCUCUUGCCUAGUGAUUGUAGAUGGUUGUAUGCUGAAUUUUCAACUUCUUUGUGUUUUGUGACUACAUGUUAUACUUUGAUUGGCAGUUCCAUCAUGAGUUUUGGCCUGAUCCAUCAGUUACUUCUUAUCAGUCAAAACCUUACCUCUCAAGAACUUCAUAAUGCUACUGUAAGAGGACUUACCAAAUGUUGCUUCUUUGCUGAAAAUAAUAUCCACAACCAAGGAGUGUUAAGAAAUUGGAUUGAAUUUUUAUUUUAUCGUAAAAGACGAUCUUCACCAGAAAUUCCAUCUUAG